AUGGACAUUGAGUUGCCCUCUCCGCCGGCUGUGAGUGCCUUGCGAGAGUCAUUUGGUGAUCGCAAGCCUCCGGAUAUCACCCGCAAGAUCACCGCCUGUGUGGCAUGCCGAAAGCAAAAGGUGAAAUGCCAUAUGCGAGAGGGUCAGAUGCCUUGCUCUAGGUGCAAAAAGCGAGGUCUCUCAUGCAGUGUGAAUAGAAGCCUGCAGACAUUACUAGAAGAGGAUGUCACAUGGAAAGGCGCAGUGGUACAGAAGAUGCGGCGACUUGAAGAGGCAGUUGCAAGCAUCGCGACAAAAGUUGGAAUGCCUGAACUACAAGCUUUGCAAACCUUACAAGCUGGCCCUGAACCCGAGGACCAAUCUAUAAGUCUGACCAGAGAAGUUGUCAACCAGGACCCUUCUCCAUCAAGUCAACGAAGGGACUCAGCAGAAGACCAUGAGCCAACACAGACAUGGGAAGUCAUCAUGGACCCCCGUGGUGGCCCUGCUUCUAUCCCGGCAUCUUGCGUCUCUGAAAGCGGGAAAGCAGGUUUGCCAAAUGCCAUGGCAACUUCCCGUCGUCCAGAUCUUAUAUCUACGGGACUGGUCUCAUUGCGCCAGGCAUUGGCACUUUUUGAGACAUAUCAUCUCAGACUGGAUCAUUUCCUUUAUCGCAUCCUGGGAGAUCAUAUCAGUUUGGACUCCGUCCGGAUUGCAUCGCCACUGUUGACGGCGGCAGUCUGCACAGUGGGAGCUUUACAUUCUCAAUCACUCGGGUAUCUAUUCGAAUCGUGCUAUAAUGAGUACAAAUCACUCGUCGCGACACAGAUGUUCUCGAGAAACGUGAACCAGGACGACAUUCGUGGUCUUUGCGUCGGUGCAUUUUGGCUACAUGAGCUUUCUUGGGCCUUGAUCGGAAACGCUGUCCGUACUGCAUCAGACAUCAAUCUUCACAGUGGAAUUUAUAAAGCUUUGAAGGGUGAUCGUGACGGUUAUCUCCAAGCUCGACUUUACUAUCUGGUUUACGUCUGUGACCAUCAUUUUUCUAUUGCCUAUGGCCGACCUCCCAUGUCCAGAGAAGGUUUCAUUAUCGAUUCUGCUAGCAGGUUGUUAGAAACCGAGCAUGCGACUGAGGAUGAUGCUAGGUUAAUAAGUCAAGUCAAAGAAUGGUCCAUUCUCGGCCAAGUCUUCGAUACCUUUGGCGUCGAUGUUGACACCCCGAUUCUGCUGCAGACAUUACCUCAGUUGCGUCGAUAUUCAAUUUCCCUCGAUACCUGGUUUGCAGACUGGAGUGAAAGCUUCAAAGCCAAUCGAAAUGUUGGAAAUUACCCUCAGAAGGGAGUUGGGUUCCACUUCCAUUUUGCAAAGCUUUAUCUUUGCUCACACGCUUUUCGUGGUGCACCAAUAUCGGACGAUACACCGCAGUGCAUGUCACCUGAACUGGAAGAGAUCGCCAACGCUGGUGUUCUAUCGGCAAUGUCCAUCCUGCGAGUCAUUGUUUCUGACGAUGAAUUUCGAUCUUUCUUGAACGGACUUCCACUGUACUUUGAUACCAUGCUCGCAUUUGCCGUGGUCUUCCUCCUUAAAGUUGCAACCAAAUAUGCGACUGUGAUUCGUAUUGACACGGACAAAAUUCUAUCACUAGUUGCUCAGACGGUAGCUGCUCUACGAGAUACUACGCAGUCUAUGCACAAGCAGCACAUACUUGUGGUAAUUAGUGAGGGUCUAGAAAGACUAUUGCACAGAUUACCCACACACUCUGCACACGAAAUGGUGCAAAAAGCUCUUCUAGUCCCGGAACAGCAACUAGGAUUUGAUCUGGGGUGGAUGGAAAACAUGGCCAGCUUUGAUUUUCAGACUCACUUCCCCGACGUUGAUGACUGGUGGUUGCAUUAUAGUACAUCUAUUGGCCCCGGGACGCGUUCAAUGAUGCCAUGA